GAUUUGCGGAUUUGCUCCUACAACAAACAAAAGAUCGGGGCUAGCCGAGCUCAUUAUACUUUUGUCGAUCCGUCUACGCUAACGUUAUUUCUGACUUUGUUCCCAACGACGACCCGCUCCUCUGUCUUUUAAUUACUUUCUCAAUGUCCUGCACGGCGGGCGGUCUCCUUCUAGUGUGUAUAUUUGUGGCUUUGUGUCAGCUAAUGUCAACCUGAGCGUUUUCAGCAAACAGCUUUGCCGUUGCUGGCCAAGCUAAAAACGCGUUAGCCAGGUUAGCUCCUCGGCUAACUAGCUAGCUCUGGCUGGUUAGCUCCUCGGCUAACUAGCUAGCUCUGGCUGGCUCUCUGCGACCAGCGAAGCCAGUUAGCUGCUUCGCUUGCUAGCUAGCUUCGCUAAAACCUCCCUUUAAAAAAAAAAACUUGACACUGACUGACACAAGUGGCUCUGGCUUGUUGCUGACAAGCCAAUUUAUUAAAACUCGUGUCGUAGCCAUGUCUGGACAGUCGUCGGGCUGUGGGUUUCUAAUGUCGGUUGUUGUCCACGGAGACUCUACUUUGAACGAGCAGGAAAAGGAGCUCAACCAACGGCUCCGACGGCUCUAUCCGGCCGUUAAUGAAAGCGAGACUGCGCUCCCCCGGUCCUGGAGCCCGAAGGACAAGUUCAGCUACAUUGGGCUUUCUCAGAACAAUCUCCGUGUACACUAUAAAGGUAUGACCCAAAAGACACACUCCUGUUGUCUGCUGCGUGCCACUCACCCAUCCGCACUGGGGUAUUCUACUCUCCGAGUGAUCGCUAGUUCAAUGGAUGGCGUGUACAUGGGCAUCGGCCUCUCAGCUCAGGGUGUAAACAUGAACAGACUCCCAGGUUGGGACAAGCACUCAUACGGUUACCACGGAGACGACGGCCACUCCUUCUGCUCGUCUGGCACCGGGCAGCCGUAUGGGCCCACGUUUACAACGGGUGACGUGAUUGGCUGCUGUGUUAACCUCAUCAACAACACCUGCUUCUACACAAAGAAUGGCCACAGCCUAGGCAUCGCCUUCACAGACCUACCAGUCAACCUGUACCCGACCGUGGGCCUUCAGACUCCAGGGGAGGUCGUAGACGCAAACUUCGGCCAGCACCCCUUUGUGUUCGACAUUGGCUACAUGCGUGAGUGGAGGACUAAGAUCCAGGCCCAGAUCGACCGCUGCCCCAUCGGAGAGCGCGAGGGCGAGUGGCAGUCCAUGAUCCAGAAGAUGGUGGCGUCCUACCUGGUGCACCACAGCUACUGUGCCACGGCCGAAGCCUUCGCCAAAUCCACAGACCAGGCCGUGCACGAGGAGCUGGCCUCCAUCAAAAACCGACAGAAGAUCCAGAAGCUGGUGUUGUCGGGUAGAAUGGGCGAGGCCAUCGAGACCACCCAGCAGCUCUACCCCAACCUCCUGGAGAGGAACCCAGACCUUCUCUUCAUGCUCAAGGUGAGACAGUUCAUAGAGAUGGUGAACGGGACAGACAGUGAGGUGAGGUGUCUGGGAGGUCGCAGCCCAAAGUCUCAGGACAGUUACACCGGUUCCCCCCGGACCUUCAGCAGCCCGAGCCACAAAGCCAGCAGCUCCCAGCCCUACCUCCCAGGGGCCGACAGCAACUGCUGUAAUGGCGUAACGACCAAUAAGAACCACAGCUCCUCCCCCCACAGUCACAAGCCCUGCCCCCCCGGCUCUGGGUCCACCCCACCAGCGUCUGACGUCAGUCUCAACGGGAGCCGCAGCCAACAGCCCAUAACCAGCAGCGACGUGGACAUGGAGGUCGACCACUUCACCAACGGAGUGACGGAGUCCUCCUCCAAUGGUUUCCUCAACGGCAGCUCCAAACACGCCCCCGAGCCCGAAGACUGUGACGCAGACAUGGAGGUGGAGUCCGCUCAGUCCAAGCGGCAGCUGUGCGGCGGCAGCCAGGCGGCCAUCGAGAGAAUGAUCCACUUCGGCAGGGAGCUCCAGAGCAUGAGCGAACACCUCCGCCGCGAGUGCGGCAAGAACUCCGCCAACAAGAAGAUGCUCAAGGAUGCGUUCAGCCUGCUGGCCUACUCGGACCCCUGGAGCAGCCCAGUCGGCUACCAGCUGGAUGCCAUCCAGAGAGAGCCCGUCUGCUCCACUCUCAACAGUGCAAUAUUAGAGACUCACAACCUGCCCAAGCAGCCCCCCCUGGCCCAGGGUGGUCAGGCCGCCCAGUGCCUCUCCAUCAUGGCACGAACAGGCAGCUCCUGCGCCUUCGCCUCUGUGGACGAUUACCUGCACUAGCCCUAUGUACACACCACACACACCACACACACAACACACCACACACACACACACACACACACACACACACACACACACACACCACUCUGAGGGCCUGUCCAAAUGGCUUCUUCCACCUCCUCCAUCAGUGUAGUCCUAUUAGCUGAGGAGACUCAUCAAGCGGUAGUUAACCACCUCACUUGCUUCUUGUUCUGCUUUUGCUGAUCGGCUUGACGACCACCGGGGAGCGGGAGUCCUCUCUGGACAGCUCUUUCGACUGCUAACGCACACAACAUACAUUUAAAACACACACACACACACACACACACCACACACACACACACACACACACCACACACACACCACCUCCCUUUCCAUCGUAAAUAUGAAAAUACGCCUCCACCUUGGUUGCCGUCGCCUCCAGCCGUCCGAGGCAGGACCGCGGGGCGGGCGCCAACCAAGAGUAGCUGACUUGAAAAUACUCCAACUCGUGUGGACUCGCCGCAGAUACCAGGCCCCCGUAUGUCUGGGGGCAUCAAACCAGGGCGGACAGACUGACAAAAAAACAACAACAACAACCGUGGCUCCAUUAGAAAUGGAAAAAAUAAUAAGAAGAAGAAGAUAAAAAAGACGAGUGACCGCCAUCGCCGACCACCCUGUAAACCUGGCUCGUCAGGCAAGAUGUGCGCAUGCACACUCAUAACAGACGCAAACGCGGAGGCAGGCUGAUGCUGAAACCAGGAUUUGGAAAAGUCCGAACUCCGGCCAACGCUGUGCUCCCGUUAGAGAGCCUACCCCAACACCCCCCCCCCCCCCCCCCCACCCCACCUACCCCCUACGCCGACCUCCCUCCUCCACCCUCCACUCACUUCAGGACAUUGGCGAGAUUUGUGUGACGCAUGUGGACUCUGGACUUUUGGAGGAAGAAGCCAGAGAGAAACUACAGUCUCGACUCAACUCCACCCCCCCACCGUCCCCCCCAUUAACAGUUUUGUUUAGUUUUUUUCACGGGCCAAGUGGAGGGACUGGAGAGAGGUCAUUACCUGGCUUUUGUUUUUAGUUUUCCAGGUUUACAAGGCACGGUGCAGACGCCGCCACUUAUUAUUAUUAUUAUUAUUAUUAUUAUUAUUAUUCUUAUUAUUAUUAUUAUUAUCAUCAUCAUAUUAAUUAUUGUUACUUGCAUUCACAGUAUAUUUGUUGAGCGCCAGCAAGAGCGAGUUCCACUUACUAUAAUAAAGGUCCCGAUUCCACGGAUUACCAGUGACGAGCGUGUGUACAUGUUAACGUUUAUAUAUGAAUUUAACAAAAAUGGAACUAUAUCGAUAGAGUGAAAUAUUUAGUUAUCAAAUGAAAGGAAAUCAUUGAAAAAAACGACAACAACAACAAUCCUUUAAUGCUUUGUACCGACACCAGUGACUCCUGCAGCAUGCCGGUGGUUCCGAGUGUGCACCAGGUUUUAAUGUCCCCAGUUCCGUUGACUCCGGGGUUCCUACGCAGGUGGGAAGCCGAUUACAUUUAAUUACAUUUGACCCGUUCCACGUCUGUAAGAUUUGGAAAAACACAACUGCUCUGAAGUCCUAAAACUGAGGUUUUUGUUUUGUUGUUUUUGUUUUUUUUUAAUUGCACAUAUUGUGGUACUUACAGUGACGUAAUCUUUACUACAGCCUAGCUUAAUUUUGCAAAUUAAUGCGAACGAGUCUUCAGCCACUUCUGGACAAAGUCAGGAGUUUCUAAAAUGGAGACCCUGUGUAGGAACCCUGCGAUGAUCUCUGGCCCUAUUUUUACUUGUGUGACCCCCCCCCCCCCAACCCACAAACCCCAAACCCCCAGCUGCACAGCAAGUUUGAUGCAAACACUGUUAAUCUUUAUUUUCGUAUCGAUGUCUAUGCUAAUCCUUAACCCGCAAAGAACUCAGGAGCCAAAAUGUCCCUUUCCUCCGCCUCCUCUGUUUAAGAAUGGUCCUAACUAACCAAGCAGCCCCCCCCCCCCAGGAGGCCUCAAUUACAGUGCAACACAGAACAGAUUUUCAGACUCAAACUCGGACCAGAAACACAAGCAACAGCCAAACGUAGCUGCUAUAAGGCCAGCUUCUAAAUAAGAUGAAGUAAAACUGAAAUUUCAGUUCUUGACGCUUUUCGUGUAAGGAAAGAUAACAAAGCUGCAGACAUGUUUGCAUAAAUAUUUUUUUUUUUUUCUUCAAGCAUUCUUGGACAUAUUCUAGAAACGGUGUCUAAGCUUUAAGCAGCCUUUGAGUGGACGUUUCCGUUUUUGAUUGACAACUGAGAGCCGGCGUUGCUAGGCGACGCGCUGUCAACUUCUGUGGUGCGCUACUGACUGCGAGCUAUCACAGCCAUGUAGCUUCAAGGUUUAAAGUGAAAUAAGUUCAUUUUUCUUCCUUUUUUUUCCAAGUCUUUGUAUUCCAAUCGAAAAGUGGAAACUAGCUAGCUUGCUAACAAUUAGCGCUGAUUCCCGCUAGUUACUUUUCGAGACUUGCUGUCCCUCUUUAUGAUGGAUCUAAGUGGAAAAUGUUACAUGACCAGAGUGUCAUAAACUCCACACCAUGGAGUAGUCCUUGUUCUCAGCGCUUCCUGUGUUACGGCAGGAGUGACUAAUGUCCAGAGUAACGCAGCGUUCAGAUCACAGAUGGAACCGAGCCAGUGGUUACCAAACUUUACAACAUCACCCGUUCAUUUUCAUGAAGAAAUGUACAGUUUACAAAGUGAAAAUAACUCCAGGCCGGUCCUUACGGGACCUCAGCGUGUCUCUGUUCCCAGUAUGGGAACCACUGGACAAGGAAACGGCUAUUGAAGUGCCCCCCCCCCCCACCCCGGCUGUUUAACUGCCUGUUACUGUUGGAAUUGAAGCAAUGAUAUAAAAUAUAUAAGGGCCAGCUCACACAGAUGUCGUAUAAAACCGAUUUACUAGUCCCAACGUCAACGAUUGGUUCCAAAAAUUCACUAAUUCACACACAUUGUUGAAGAAAAAUAAGUAAAAACUUUAAAAACUUCUUCUUAACAAGGCAAACACCUAGGAUGUAUGAAGUAAUUUAUUUGCAAAAAACUAAUUUCAGUUUGCUUCAAGGUCCCAUGGCAUGAAAAAUGUCACUUUUAUGAGGUUUUUUUAACAUUAAUGUGAAUUCCCCCCCAGCCUGCCUAUGGUCCCCCCCAGGGGCUAGAAAUGGUGAUAGGUGUAAACCGAGCCCUGGGUAUCCUGCUCUGCCUUUGGAGAAAAUGAAAGCUCAGGUGGACUGAUCUGGAAUCUUGCCCCUUGUGAGGUCAUAAGAUACCUCAUACAGUACUAGGGGACCACUAAGGUCUAUAUAAAGAGCACGUGGUCAUGGGACCUUUUGCAAAUCGCACCACAGGCUGUAGGUGGAAGGUUUCUUUUAAUUACCUGCUUCAUGUAGUUCUACUAGAAUACGGGGUCAGUUUCAGCAAAUAUGACAGUUUUCUAAGUCUUUACCUACCGCAUCUUUAACUGUUGGGUUAGCAGAAAUGAAAUGUGUUGCUUGUUUUGUUUUGGGUUUGACCGAUCCAGCUCGUUAACCUUCGGUCGACCUUGACUCGGUGUUGCUCCCUGGAAGAGUUUCGCUGUCUGACGUUAAUAUUUUCUAAAGAAGCUGCUGUUGAAAUAGCGUUCAGGUGUGACGGGCCCUUAAUUUGCUCCUUUCCAACCGCCCAACAUCGCUCAGAGGUGAGCUUCCUCUUCCUCUUUUUGUCUUGAUGUUUUUCGAGGCCGUGUUUUUUAAAACACUGACUGGAUGGGGGGGGGGGGAUAAAACGAAAUUAACUCAGUAUUGUCAACACUGUGGCUACCACAUUUACAAAAAAAAGAACCAAAUAUUUUAGGAAGAUGACAUUGCAGCUGUGUUUUUGAAGCCUGUGACGAGGCGUUCGCUAGACACGACCUCCAUCUUUUCCUCUAGGUGGAACCGACCUGUUCUGUACUUCUGUUUUUUUUUUUUUUUUUUGUCGUUUUGUUUCUUUGAUUUUAUUUUUCCGAUCGCAAGCAGUCACGGCAUCCCUUUUUUUUUUAAGAACUUCUUAGACAAAGUGUCUGUCUGUUGUCUCUUUCUGAGUAAGGUCUGAAACCUAUGCAUGCCAUAGUAAAGUGGUGGUAAGAUCACGUUAGAUGUCUCUUAUUUUAUUCUUUUUGUUUCUCCUUCUUUUAGCCAGUUCACCGUGUAUAAGGAAGAUGUCAACCAGUAAGAUCUCGACUGCUGACUGUGUAUCCAUUGGGGGG